AGAACGAGUAUUGUGUUUGAUACGAAGCGGAGUGGCCGUGCAUCGCGGACUAAUACAAGUAGUAGUGCCUUAAGAAAAAGUAGUUCAGGCACGAAAUGCCAACCUGUGAAGUGUGCCAACAACCCGCUAACCAGAUCUGCGGAGGUUGCAAACUCGUCUACUACUGCUCCAGACCACAUCAAAAACUGGGAUGGCGCGAAGGCCACAAAUUCAAGUGCUGUGCCUUCAAAAUCCAAUAUUCGGACACUCUUGGGCGACACAUGGUGGCCACCAGGGACAUACAGCAAGGUGAAAUGAUCCUCAAGGAAAAACCGGCAGUAAUAGGACCCAGAAUCAGUUGUCCAGCAAUAUGUUUGACGUGCGGCAAGAACCUGGAUCCGAAGGAGUAUACGUCUAAAUGGGAUUACCACAAAUGUUCAAAGUGCAACUGGCCGAUGUGUAGCGCCGAGUGCGAGAAUGCUGAGGUACAUAAACCUGAGUGCAAAGCUAUGACGGAUAGAAAAUAUAAAUGUGAUAUUAAAUACGAAGGUCCUAAUAAAGUGCAAGCUGCUUACUGUGUUAUAUCACCACUUCGGGUCCUAUUAAUGUCUCAAUCGAACCCCCUGCAGUAUGAAAACAUUAUGAAUCUCGAGUCCCACUUGGAAGAUAGGAUAAACACCCCUCUGUACUUAGUUUUGAAAGCUAAUUUAGUGACGUUCAUAGUUCAAGUGCUUGGAUUACCGUUUGACGAAGAAACGAUAUUGAAGGUCGCUUCUAUAUUUGAUACAAACUCCUUUGAUGUACGAACAGCAGAUGGUACAAAGAGACUGCGAGCUAUUUAUUUGACAGCAUCAAUGAUGGAUCAUAGUUGCAAACCGAAUACAAGACAUAUCUUUAUGGGUGAUGAACACCACUUAGCGAUUAUAGCUACAGUACCGAUAGCUAAAGGCGACCUCAUCACAGCGACGUAUACUCAAUCCUUAUGGGGAACAUUAGAUCGACGAAAGCAUUUGCAAACAAACAAGUUCUUUGAUUGUGAAUGUGACAGGUGUAAAGACCCGACAGAAUUUGGCACUUAUUUAGGUAAUAUUUACUGCUCCAUCUGCAAUAAUCCAUUCAGUCCAAAUACCGAUGGACGCGGUGCCAUGAUGAUUUCAACAAAUCCAUUAGACGAGAAUGUGCCUUGGAAAUGUGAGAGAUGUGAACAUUUUAUUUUGAGCAAGCAGAUGGUGUGGGGCAAUAACGCACUGAAACAAGAUCUCUACAAACUGAAUAAGAGCGAUCCAAAACAGUUCGAAGAGUUCAUUGAGAAGUACAGUCAGACGUUGCAUCCAAGCAAUCAUCUAGUAGUGCAAGCCAAGUUGGCAUUAGUACAAAUAUAUGGGAACUACAAGGGAUAUAGCUUAUCAGAUCUAUCAAAUGCACUUCUUCGGAGAAAAAUAGAGCUCUGCCAUGAAUUACUGGAGAUAGCUGAUAAACUGGAACCGGGAUGGACGAAAUUCAGAGGAACCAUACUUUUAGACCUGCAGGCAGCUAUGACGGUGAAAACUAAAAGAGAUUUUGAAUCAGGGAAGCUGACUAAGGCUGGUGCUCAGGACGAAUUAAUGGAAAGCAUGAUGCUACUGCAAGAGGCGACGAAUAUAUUAAGAGUCGAGCCUUACAUGAAAGAUACGCUGGAGGCUAAGAUCAACGACCUUACCAAUUUCUUGGACUCAACAGCAGCUGAAACUUAGUACCUAGAACGAGAAAUAUAUUAUGAUCGCAUAAUUAAGGAAAAUAUUUUUUUAAGUCGGGAUAAGAAAACUCCUCGAAGGAAUCUCUAACGGAUCGUGAAGAAGAAAGAAGUUUAAAAAAGUGUGACUGU